AUGUCUCACCCAUUAGACCAACUCACAGCCGACGAAAUCAACAGAGCAGUCAAGCUUAUUAAAAGUCGCUACAGUGGAAAACUUCUACAUUUCAAGAAUGUUGAAACUGAAGAGCCUCCUAAAGCCCUGCUAGUGCCCUAUCUUGAGGCCGAAAAGGCAGGCAGACCAAUUGCUCCUCCCCCUCGUAUUGCCUAUAACAUUUACUAUGUUCUUGAUGAUAAGAAGGCCGAGGAGGCUUGGAUUGACCUUGGAACCAACACUAUCAUUAAAACUGCGGUUAUUCCUAAACCUCACCAUCCUCCCAUGGAUAUGAUCGAGUGCAUGGAAAUGGAGAAAGAAUUGUUCAAAUCCGCUGAAGUAUUGGAAGCAUUUAAAGCGUGCGGUAUUGAGGGUGAUGCUCUGAACACUAUUUCUACCGAUGGCUGGAUGUACGGUGCCGAUGAAGAAGGUGCUGUUGCCAGACAAAUGAUGUUUUUGAUUUAUAGCCGUAACCCAAAGACCAACCAUGUUGAAAGUAACAUUUAUGCAUUCCCCAUUCCUUUUGUUCCUAUUUUUGAUCUUUUGGAAAAGAAGUUGAUUAGAAUCGACUGGGUUGCAACUGGCGGUGAUAACGACGAUCUUGAUGGUUUCAACUACAACACACGUACUGCUGGCAGAAACGUUCUUGAUCAAUGUGCUGCUCAUGACUACCAUCCAGAUCUUGUUCCAUCUCUUCGUACCGACUUGAAGGCUUACAAUGUCAUUCAGCCCGACGGACCAUCAUUCACUGUCGAAGGCAACCUUGUCAAGUGGCAGAAAUGGAGAUUCAGAGUGGGAUUCACCCCUCGUGAAGGUAUGGUCUUGCAUGAUAUUGAUUAUGAUGGAAGACAUACUUUCUAUAGACUGGCCAUGUCUGAAAUGGCCGUUCCAUACGGUGAUCCCAGACCACCACUCCACCGUAAGAUGGCAUUUGAUUUCGGUGAUGUAGGUGGUGGUAAGUGUGCCAAUCAACUUAAUCUGGGAUGCGAUUGUUUGGGUGUUAUUAAAUACUUUGACGGAAAUCUUGUCACUCCCAGUGGUGACGUUGAUGCUCGUAAGAGUGUUAUCUGCAUGCAUGAACAGGACGAUGGUAUUCUCUGGAAGCAUACCAACUACCGUACUGAGGAACCCGCUGUUGUUCGUCGUCGUAUCUUGGUUAUCCAGACUAUUUUGACAGUGGCUAAUUAUGAGUACAUCUUUGCCUGGCAUUUGGAUCAAGCUGCUAAUAUCCAAUUAGAGAUCCGUGCUACUGGUAUUGUCUCUACCCAAGCAAUUGAUUUUGGCAAGAGAUCCAAGUUUGGUACUGUUGUUUCUCCUGGUGUUUUGGCUACUUCUCACCAACACAUUUUCAACCUUCGUAUCGAUCCUGCAAUUGAUGGUUACAAGAACUCCAUCUCUGUGCAAGAGACUGAAAUUAUUCCUUGGAAUCAUCUCAACCCACGGGGUACUGGAUUCGUCAAUAACAAGUACUACUUGGAACAGGCUGGUUAUUUGGAUGCCAAGAUUGAGAACAACAGAUAUCUCAAGAUUGUCAAUGAGAACAAGAUCAAUCCCAUUUCUGGAAACCCUGUUGGUUACAAGCUUUCUGCAGCUGCUACUGCUUUGUUGAUGGCUCCGCCAGGAACUGUUGCUCGUAGCAGAGCCGCCUUUGCUACACACCACUUCUGGGUUUCGAAGUACAAGGACUCGGAGUUAUAUGCUGGUGGUAUUUGGACCAAUCAGUCUUUCAAGGAGUUCUGUGGUGUUCAAAACGCAGUCGAUCGUAAAGAGCCCGUCCGUAACGAGGAUGUUGUUCUUUGGCACUCAUUCGGUCUCACACAUCACCCUCGUGUUGAGGACUUCCCAGUCAUGCCUGCUGAGAUGCUUAAGAUUUCUCUGCAUCCUAAUGACUUUUUCGUCGGAAAUCCUGCUUUGGAUGUCCCACCCAGUACACAGCAAUUCAAUAGAUCAGUUGAGGUCAUGCAAACCAGAUCAUGCCAUCGUAUGUAA